UCCUCUUUCUUCCCAAUACUUCAACCGUUCUUUUCUCUCCGAUUCCUUAAUUCGUUGAAACCCUCUUUCUUUUUUGCUUGGAAAAUCAUUUUCACUCCCCCCCCUCCAUAUACUCAACUAAGUAAACCCUAAUUCAUUAUUACCGAAAAAGUUUUGGGUUUUCCCAUGUAUCAUCAACUAUGAACUCGUGCGAGUUGUUUGGUUCAGAUUUCCCUUGUUGGAGACUUGAGCUUAUAGGAAUUGACAUUUGCUUAAUUUCAAUUCUAAAUUAAGGUCAACAUGCAACUUUUUCCUGCUGAAGGUGAAAAUGCUUUGUCAGUUGUUGGUCCAAGACCAAUGGAAUGGUCUACUGUUCCAUAUAGUGCUCCUUAUGGUCCCAGGCCAAAUGGAAAGCAGCGGACGUCAAGUCUGGAAUCACCAAUCAUGUUACUGACGGGUCACCAGAGUGUUAUAUAUACGAUGAAGUUCAAUCCAGCAGGAUCAAUUGUUGCAUCAGGAUCUCAUGACAGAGAAAUUUUCCUCUGGAAUGUGUGGGGAGAUUGCAAGAACUUCAUGGUUCUAAAAGGUCACAAGAAUGCAGUUUUAGAUCUUCACUGGACUACAGAUGGGACACAGAUAGUCUCUGCCAGCCCUGACAAAACAUUGAGGGCAUGGGAUGUGGAAACCGGAAAACAAAUCAAAAAGAUGGUAGAGCAUCUGUCAUAUGUUAAUUCAUGUUGUCCUUCUCGGAGGGGGCCACCUCUUGUUGUCAGUGGCUCUGAUGAUGGAACUGCUAAAUUAUGGGAUAUGCGUCAAAGGGGUUCCAUCCAAACAUUCCCAGAUAAAUACCAGAUUACGGCGGUUGGCUUCUCUGAUGCAUCUGAUAAGAUCUUCACUGGUGGCAUUGAUAAUGAAAUCAAGAUAUGGGAUUUGCGUAAAGGUGAAGUUGUCAUGACACUUCAAGGUCAUCAAGAUAUGAUUACUGGCAUGCAAUUGAGCCCUGAUGGUUCCUACCUUCUUACAAAUGGCAUGGAUUGCAAGCUUUGCAUUUGGGAUAUGCGCCCAUAUGCUCCACAAAAUCGCUGUGUGAAGGUGUUGGAAGGGCACCAGCACAACUUUGAAAAGAACUUGUUGAAAUGUAGUUGGUCACCUGAUGGAAGCAAGGUCACAGCUGGGAGUUCUGAUCGAAUGGUUUACAUCUGGGACACCACUUCUCGACGCAUCUUGUAUAAGCUUCCCGGCCACAAUGGAUCUGUUAAUGAGAGUGCUUUUCAUCCCGAGGAACCUAUUAUUGGGUCUUGCAGUAGUGACAAGCAGAUUUAUCUGGGGGAGAUAUGAAGCAUAAACGUUUACAAACUUGCCAUUAGGAUGUGAUAGACUUUAAAAAUGCUGUAUUCAUUAUGUUAUUUCCUGGUGGAUCAACUCAGUGAGUGACUAUUAUUUUCAGGGGAAAACGUUUUUGUCUCCUGCUUUGGUUACUAAUUAAUGUGGUUUGGGUUUUGACAUUGGUGAAAAUGGUUCCAUCUGAUCCUUUCGGUGUGAUCAUUUCCUACCCUCUUUCUUUGUAGCCACCUUCACCAAUUCUCUUCUUUAUUCUUUUUUGUCCUCAACUUCUAUUUCUACAAUUGUCUUCCCGUAUUUAUUAUUCUCAUCAGCAACGUUGUCA